AUGAAGGUUCGAAUACCAAGCAACAAAAUGGGAGGCAAACCAAAGGGGUCGACGUCUGGUGCUCCUUGGAAGCUUUCCGCUCGAAUGCUCGUCACAGUCUCCUUUACAUUCUUGUCAAUAUAUUUAUUUGCAAUCUUGAUGGCUCUGAAAAGUGCUGAUGAAUCUGCUCAGCCGUGUCCCGAAGCGAAGACACCUUUUCAGCAAGAGAUUGUGGCCAAUAAUGCACAUCCAUCCAGCAAUUCCAAACCCAUAAUGAUAUCAAAACCACGGGUGUCAAAGGAAGAAGCCCCUCGUCAAGAUACGCAAUCUUAUGCAAACCAACAAAAGCAGCAAAUUGCCAAACCGCAGCCAAGACAAGACUCGUACGUACGCAAGGUGAUUGCUCCUGGUACCCGAGAGUUUGGCAAGGGUGUCCAACCCGAACAAUUGCCGUUGGCAGCAUCAAAUCAACAGAAAGAAUCCGAUAUUGGUGACAGCACUGGUGGUCCUCCUCCUCACAGAAGAUUGUCGGCCUAUCUGGAACCAAUUGACGAGGAUUUUCUGAGUCGCAACGAUUUGAAUACUGCAGCUAGUGCCCCCCUGCCAUUGAGGCCUUGGACCAGUGAGGAUUUGAUUCAACAAGAAUUCUCAGCAGUCAAAUCGUGUAGUCGAUUAGUCGAACAAUGGCCAGUGGACGACUAUCCCGAUGGAGAUCCAUUCUUACCAUGGAUUCAUGAUGUCUUUCCUUCGCAUGACGGCAAGAUGAUUCAAAUUGUGGCACAAAACAAACGACGGUGUCGGACGGGGCAUUCAAAAGACGAUGUAGAAGCCCUCAAGCAUUUUGAACCGCACAUUGCACUCUUUGAACACGUUCCUAUACAACGGAUUUCCAGCACCGACAAGGGCGAGCAACGGUAUCGAUUGGCGAAUCACGAAAAUGCAGAUCUGGAUGGGGUAGCCACACGAUUCUUGUGUCGGUUUACUUCCGACAAAUUGAAUGUGGAUGAAACUACUCUUAGUGUCUUCAAUUUUGAUUACGAAUGGGCCUCGUUGCGAAAACACCAAAAGGUGUUGUUUCAUGACCAUGGACGAGACAAUAAGCAAGUGCAUACAUCCCAACUCUUGUUUCAGUGUCCAGUCCCCGAGUCACUUCAAGAAAUUGUGCAAAAAGGAUCCUCUGUGAUCGAUGACUAUGCCACACUGUUUUUGGACAUUGUUCCCAUAAGGACGCCGCCAAGAUAUGGCCAUCCAGCAUCCUUUUUGAAACCUUACUAUUCCAAUAGCAAAGCAACUUCGGGCUUUUCGACGCCAAGGUUUGAUUUGGAAAAGCAAUGGGGAUCCAACCACAUUAUACCCAAGAUCAAGGAUUCGGGACGGUGGACUAAUAUUCCCAUUUGCAAGCCAUCUCUAAUGACCUACCAGGGGGAAGAGGAGCCUCCCAAUGUGAUAGAAGACCCCCCCGAAGACAAACUCGAUUUGGGUCAACCGACAACAGUCAUUGAAAAGAAGCAUAGGCUAGUUUCUUGCCUAUGGGCAAGUGCAGGGUAUACUACAAGAGGAGAACGAUUUGCCAUAAACGAUGGCCAACGACGAUUGUUCGAAUGGAUCACUUACAAUCGCAUGUUGGGAGUCGAGCACUUUUACCUUUAUGACAACUCGGGCGUCCACGGUCCAGAAGUCUCGCUGCAACCGGUGGCGGACAUGUUUCCACCAGAUUUGGUUACAGUCAUUAAUUGGCCGAGUACUGUCUGCAACAACAAUCCAAACAAUGUGGAUUGUCCUGGAGAGCGAUCGUCCCAAUAUGCAGCCGAGGCUAGUUGUCGAUUACGUUUUGGACCGCAUGUGGAUUGGAUCGCCCAAUUCGAUAUUGACGAAUAUUUGGUACCCAUGGGCAAUUUGACGACUGCUACUCAACUCAUUGACAGACUGGAAGAGGAAGGAAACAAGGUGAUAUCCUUUGGCUCCUGGAGAGCUUGGCCUAGAAGGCGGUUCAUUGAAACCCCCAAUGUCAUGUUUGGCAAGAACGAUUGCGGACGAGAACAACGCUGCUUCAAUUUGCGUAUCCCCAUGAACUACACCAUGCUUCAGGCCUACAACUGUGAUCGCCAAAAGCCUGGUGAAAAGGUCCAGCAAAUGCCAGCCGAGAAACAAAUCUAUCGGCCCGACUAUGUUAUGCAUCACUUUAUUCACUACAGUACUGUCACCAAGACGUCCAACCGGAACAUGGAAGAUAUUGAAAACUCGGGGCUCAAAUACAAGAAAUGGACUGCUUUUCCUGACCAGCUACAACGAUUUGGCAAUGAGGUUACCGAAGGUCUCAUGCUUCACACCAAGGCGGUGGCCACACAAGAUACUGUCCAUUGGGAAGAAACUUGCAAGGCAGGAUACGAAGGAUACGGCACCUGUCGAUUGGGGAGUCCGUAUCCGGAAGACAUGAGUGAGGUUGACGAAUCCAAGGGUGAUGACGGGUGGAAGUACAAUUGUUACGUCCACAAGAAGGUAGACCACUACUUUGUGCCCCAUUUGGAGGAGCAGUUAAAGGAACACAUUCCCGAGCUGGCUGCGAAAAUGGAUCAGAACAACAAGAAGAGUUCUUGGAACGUGUGGUCACUCUGA